AUGAAAGUCCUUAAAGAAGCUUUUGUGAAUACAAAGGCUAUGAGUUCUUCCACGGCUUGCAUUCUGACUCUUUCCGAUGACACAUUACAUGCUGUUAAUAUUGGAGAUACCGCAUUCGUUGUGAUCAGGGACGGGGUUAUUGUGUAUAAAUCAGAAAUUCAGCAAUUAAGGUUUAAUUGUCCAUUCCAAUUGGGAAAAGCGAAAACUUCUGAUGAUCCAAGUGUGGCGAAGAAGAUUUUGUUCCGGGUGGAUUCAUGGGAAACGGAUGUACCGGAGACAUUGGCAUGGAGGAUUGUGCAAUAUGCACUGGACAAUUCAAAGAGUACAGAGCUUUAUACACCUUUUGCUAGAGAGUGUUUUAAAGCUGGAUUGGAACAUAGUGGUGGAAAGAUUGAUAAUAUUACUGUUAUUGUAGCUAAUAUUUGGUCUUUGUAG